AUGUCGGCAUCACGAGCUCGGUUGCAACGGAUUGCCCAAAGUAUGGGGAAAUUCCACAAACCGAAGCCUCAACUCAGAGAAGCGGCCAAGAAAACGAAAUGGAAUAUCCUAAGAGGGGACAAAGUGCAGGUGAUUGGAAAUCACCCAGAGCGAGGAAAACAAGGAAUUGUCAAAACUGUUUUGAGAGAAAAGGACCGAGUUAUUGUUGAAGGUGUGAACAUGGGCACCCGCAACAUUAAAGGAGACAAAGAUAGAGGUAUCCCAGGUCGAAGCGUACAAGUUGAGCGAACCAUGCAUUCUUCAAAUGUGCAAUUGAUAGAUCCCGUUACCGGAGUACCCACAAGAAUUAGUCGAAAGUAUUUGCCCACUGGAGAAAAAGUGAGAAUUGCCAAGAAGAGCGGAGCCAUCAUCCCUCGCCCUGAUAUUUUGAGCUUUCGAAAGCGACCUGUCAACUCAAUAGUCACCGAAAGCGAUACCGCGGAGGAUGAUACGUGGGAGUUGACUUACACAGAUUACGCGCCACUUUCGAAAUAG